GAAGUAACUAGAGUGUUGAAGCCUGAAGGUUGGGUUAUAAGAAUCAGAUGAUGUUAAGUCUAAACAUCAUUGGCCUUUGUAGUUUCAGCUGAAGCAGGAAAGGAAGAUUCCGUCUACCUCUUCUUCAAUUUUCUCCCACUCAAUUAAAUAUAUAUAGGUGUACUACAAGAUGUUUAGUGGUUAUUCAUCGGAUGGAUCCAAUUCAUUGAUGCGAGAUAAAUCACAAUUCCCAUUCGAAACUAAUCCGUUCAACCUCGAUGGAAGCUCGUUCAUAGAUGAUUCUGAAUUGAUUGGUAUGAUUGACUCUGAGUUCGUCAUUGACACUACUGAGAUCUCUGGGCCUGCUAUAAAUGGUGGACCAAUGGAGUCUCCAAAUUACCAGUUUAAUCAAGCCGAAACAUCUGAAGCCUCAUUUCAAACAGAAGCAGAAUGUGGUAAAUCUAAACCUACUCCAGCACAAAGAGAAAAUAAAAGAAAAUGCGAUAUAAACUACAGACAAAAGCUAAAGGGAAAGAUGGGAGUUCUUCAGGGACUUGUACGUGGUUGCAGUAAGGUUAAAGGCAAGGAAGCAAUGCUGGAUGAAAUCAUUAACUAUGUACAGUCACUUCAGCGACAAGUUGAGGGAUUGAGGCUUAAUUCAGCCAUUGAGGAAAAGGCACAUGAACUGAUUGCUGAGAAUAAACACUUGAAAGAGGAAAAUGAGCGAUUAAACGCUGAGAAUACAGCACUAAAAGAAAAAAUAGGAUUGUUGCCUUCCAGUGGCAAGCAGGUUGAGCAUCAGAGUCUUUCUCUCCAGGAUCAUCAUGGAUCUUACUCUGAAGCUGUUGACAAGAUCAGAAGUUUGGAAUUGCAGCAGGCAAGCUUUAUAAGUCUUGUCUUGAUGCAACUACAAGAAAACAUUUUAGAAGUCAAUGGGGUGAAACCAGUAUCUGGGUUGGAUGCUUUGUUGAAUGCCACUGAAGCUCCUAGAGAUACUUGUUUGCAAGUUCAAGAAAUCUCACUCAACAAAAGAAAAAGAAGUGUGCAGGAUGCUGAGUUUGAUCAAGCUAAGGGAGGCCAACCAUUGAACAAGGCAAGAAAAGACAGUGUUGAAAAUCACGAGAAGGGAGAAGAUGAAACCAUCCCCCAAAUAGGCCAGACAAAAACCAGUCACUGUUACAACGUAAGAAUAGAAACCAUCAAAGAAAAGGAGAGAAUUCUUCAAGAACUGGUACCUGGUUGUAGCAAGCUUACAGGCGCAGAAGCUCUAGAUGAAAUCAUUAAUUAUAUACAAUCACUUCAGCGACAGGUUGAGUUUUUAUCGAUGAAGCUUUCUGAAUUCCAUCCCAUAUCAAAUGGUGAUGCAGCCGUUACUGACAUUCUCUUUAAGCUUGAAGCUGAUGAUGGGAGUAAAGUGAAAUUGUCAGACUUUUCUGGCUUAGAUGGUGAGCGCAUAACAAUAGGCAAAUAUAGCUUUCCACUCUCUCUACAUCCGAUCAUAAAGAACAUCAUUGAUGUCUACGGUGAUGUUUCUGCAACAAGUAAAAUGAAUCCGACUAUUGCCGAGGCGAUCUACAUCAUGUUUUGUGCUUGCGUCAAAGAGAUGAGUGAUCUACGGUUAGAGCACGUUACCGAGGGCCUGAUAUUGAAGUGGAGGGAUGUAAUCAAGGAUGCUUUAUGUAUGAAUUUCAAGGUGGAAUUUGCCAUGGAACAUUUGAAGAAAAUUGCUUGCGCGUACAUUGGUCGAAUGGAACACUCUAAGAUACUCAAGCUAGAGGCUCAGUUGAGUGCUACGAAAGAGGAGCAUUCUAAGAUAUUAAAGAGGUCAAAGGUAUUUAUGGAUGCUGCAGAAGAUUUUAAUGAUAAGCCUGUCAGCUCCGGAAUGUUUGUUAGCACGAGGGGUGUUAAACAAACUCUUGAAGGCGCAAACAACUCGAGCUCGACUUAAAAAGAAGGAUUCAGCUACCUCAAUAUUGAGCUAUUGAGCAAGCAAAAAGGAUUCAGUUACCUCUUUAUUAAACCAAAUCUGCUCUGCGCAAACCACACCACACCACGGAUUCUUGUCAUAGGAGAGGCCUUUUUUUGCCUUUGGCCGGCCGCUUUCAACUCAUUUUCCUUCCCCCCCCCCUCGUUUGUU